UUUUUGAUACAGAUAAACUGGUCCACAGAGUAUCUAAGUAGUCAUUUUUAUUUGUGUUGAAUAAGUUUGGCGGUAAAUUGAAAAAUUUUAAGUUAAUAACCUAAUAACUUUCAAAUGAAAAUAUGUUUGAAAAUCAGAAUGUUAAAAACUAUUUACAGAGUUUUAAAUAUAAUUGCAGUAAUAGCUAUAAAAGUUUUCAAAAUCAGAAUAUUAGUUCAACAUCACAGUUUAUUUCGAAGACCGAUUUGCAUGAGCUAUUGGAAAUUUUUAACACAAGUUCUAACUUAGAAACACAAAUAAAGCUUAUCUCUAUACUCAAUAGAUAUUUGCUGACAAACAAUGCACAGCACGUAGAUGUUAUUAUACGAUGCAAACCUAUAUACUAUACAAUAGACCGCAUAUUAGGCAUGAAUCUACCAAAAAAGACUGCGACGAUUCUUAAUUUCCUAACAUUAAUACUUUUCUGUGACAACGAGGAAUGCACGUCUAGACAACACACUUUGACUUUAUUCGCGAAGAAUAUGAUACGAACGAGCGGAUGUCUCGCUACCCUCAUAGACGUAUUCUUGGCGCACAUGGUGCGGCAAGACACUUGGAUUUCUCUAUGUCAUUGUUUAACUGAAAUAUGUUGUGGUUCAGAAGUUAAUCAGAGCUAUUGUUCCCACCUCAUAUGUCAGUCUGUACAGAAAUGCAGACAGGGCGCUUUUGAAUUAUUCCCAUUAAUUCAGAGUUUAACGUCGGGACACAAACGAAACGUUAAAAUAUUCAUUGAAUGCGAAGGAAUUUCGUUAUUUUCAAGACGGUCAUUGCAAAUGAACUCGUGCAUGCACCUACUCGCUUCUGUUGUCGAAACGUGCACGGAAGCAGCCGUUUUUGUUAAAUCAGCCGGAAUACUUGAACACGUCCGUGAUUUAUUAAGAUUGCAAGGGCCGUACUCACAGAUGGGUCAGUGGGCGACCAUAGUGCUGUAUUAUGCUGAUUUGCGAUUAAAAGAGCAUUUAACAGAUAAAAACAUGAAUGAAAAAAUAAAAAAACAAGAACGUUCCGAAUCAAACGAUUCAUUAAAAAAUGUGAAAAAACAGAUUAGUUACGAUGAUACGAACUUGUUAUUUCGAAGUAUUAUCAAAGAAAUAGCAAAAUGGCAACCUAAUGAUGAAGUCGCCCGUAAUAAAUCCGCGAUGUGGGAUGUCAAAAUAAAGGCUUUAGAAAAAAAUCAAAGUUGUAUUGUGCCCAAAACAGUGAACCUGCCAAAAUAUUCUACCACGCAGAGCAGAACGUUCAAUAAAAAUUUAAAAAUAAACAAAAAUAACAAACAUAAUGAAUACAUUCGUCAUGAAUCGCAACAAUUGUCGUUUAGUUUUUUGCAAAAGCGAUUUCCGCGGUAUAAAUUCGAUGAUACACAUCUUUAUGAGUCCAAGAAUUCUGACCAUAAAAUUGUAGACAACGUUCAAACUACAUCAAGAAAUGUUAAUGAGCAGUCUCGCGUUAAUUACACGAACAUUGGAAACAUUCAGACCGAUUGGAUGGAAUCUUUUAAAUCGAAACUGAAAGGCUCUGAAUUAAAUCAAAAAUGUGAUUUGAGCGUUAUCGAUUUUAAACCGAUAUUUGUUUCAACUCCAAAGCACAGCUUUAGUUUUAACGAAACCGAUUUACGGUCAGCGAAUCAUUCGAACUACACUCACAGUAAGAGUACUACAAUUAAUAAACGUUCGUUUAAAACUAAAAAAACAGCGUCGAAACACCAACAAAAAAUAUCGAAUAAAAAAAUCGAUAGAAUGUUAAAAAAUCGAUCUUUAGGCUCCAGAUUAUUCAAUGUCAUCAAUAAUUCUUGCACAACGCUCAUGAAAACCGUCAAAAAUAUUUUCGGAAGUAGGAAUUAUGAACGGAAUGGUGACGAAUCUGAAACGAGCGACAGGCGAGUUCCGUCUUGCUCGUUCAGCUUCACAAACUACAUGCGUAAAAGAGAUGCAGUAUUGAUGGACGUUACGUCGACGGAACCGCGAGACCCGUACGCCGCGGGCGGGCUCAACAGCUCGUGCCAAACUUGUAAUGACACUGAUGCUUUACAACAUAAAAUUCUGGACGACAAACACCUUCAGCAAACCGUUAAGAAACUUAAAAUGGGAAUCAAUGUGUAUGGCUGCGAUUUCAAGAAAAUUUCUAAAUCAAUGUGGCCUUUAGAGAGCUACAUGACACCGACAGUACUUUACAAUCUUUAUAGGAAAUUAAUUAUGAAAUAAAUGAAUUACACUCACUCUCA